AUAAAUAAGCGCAGCUCUCUAUACCAGAACUUGAAAUAUUUUUCCCUCUUCUCAGAAGUUUCGCCGCGACGCUGCCACUGUGCUCGCGCUCUAGCCCCGACGCUGUGAUGGCCACCUUCGGAGCAGCUCCUGCUGGGAACCACAACCCUAACAAGUCUUUCGAGGUGAUUCAACCUCCCAGCGAUUCCGUUUCGAGCCUCAGUUUCAGCCCAAGGGCCAACCACUUAGUUGCUACUUCGUGGGAUAAUCAGGUGCGGUGCUGGGAACUUACGAGGAACGGGGCUUCGGUAACUAGCGUGCCCAAGGCAUCAAUAUCACAUGACCAACCGGUACUUUGUUCAGCUUGGAAGGAUGAUGGAACGACUGUCUUUUCUGGAGGCUGUGAUAAGCAAGCAAAAAUGUGGUCUUUAAUGUCUGGAGGUCAGCCAGUGACAGUUGCCAUGCACGAUGCACCCAUUAAAGAGAUCGCUUGGAUCCCAGAGAUGAAUGUAUUAGUUACGGGAAGCUGGGACAAGACCUUGAAGUACUGGGACACAAGGCAGUCAAAUCCAGUACAUACUCAACAGCUACCAGAACGCUGCCGUGCACUUACAGUGAGACAUCCCCUGAUGGUUGUUGCCACGGCAGAUAGGCAUCUUAUUGUCUUUAAUCUGCAGAAUCCUCAGAUUGAGUUCAAGAGAAUUCCUUCACCCCUAAAGUACCAGACAAGAUGUGUUGCAGCUUUCCCUGACCAGCAAGGUUUCCUGGUUGGAUCCAUCGAGGGGAGGGUUGGUGUUCAUCACCUGGAUGAAUCCCAGAGCAGUAGAAACUUCACUUUUAAGUGUCAUAGAGAUACCACUGAGAUUUAUUCUGUCAACUCCUUGAAUUUCCAUCCAGUGCAUCAUACCUUUGCCACUGCUGGAUCUGAUGGUGCUUUUAACUUUUGGGACAAGGAUAGCAAACAAAGACUUAAGGCAAUGUCAAGAUGCAGCCAACCAAUACCUUGUAGCGCCUUCAAUAAUGAUGGCACAUUAUAUGCAUACUCGGUCUGUUAUGACUGGAGCAAGGGGGCAGAAAAUCACAAUCCUGCUACAGCAAAGACCUAUAUCUUCUUGCACUUACCACAGGAAUCAGAGGUCAAACCGAAGCCACGGGUUGGAACAACUAACAGGAAGUGAAGUUGUUGAUUAGUUUCAAGUAGGAAGUUUUGGGGGACACUGGCAGUGAAGAAAACGGUUCUUUUCAUUUAUCAGAAAUCGUAGGAUAGGAAUGGUCCGUCCCUCAUUGUGGUUUUUGAAGUUAUAGUAAUCCAUUGUCGAUAUGUUUUUUUUUUUUUUUUGUCAUUUUCAUUUAGCUGUAACAUUUGCCGUCUCUGAUAAGCCAAGUUGUAUUCACCGGGGAGGACGGGAGGAGUGGCGCUUAUGUCAGUAUUGUUUUUGUCAUGGCACUUAUUUCAGUAUUUUUUUUUUCGUGUCUAUCACCUUGAUGUUUGAAGAAUGAAUACAUUUCCUACUUCUCGGGAACACAAACAAUAUUUUUACCAGUAUCAUCUGAAGUAAAAGUGUCUAGAGCACGACUUGUUCACCGUUGCUUGAA